AUUGAUCACAAGGCAGCCAGAGUCGCCCUUUUUUGGCCUUAUUUCACCAUGGCGGAGGGCAGCGAGGACGCCAGCACCAUCACCCUGACCGUGAAGACCGCCAAGGACAAGCAGCAGGUCGAGAUAGCCAAGGACGCGACCGUGAAGGAGUUGCGAGAGGUUGUCAGCGAGAAGUUCAGCACCUCCCACGAGCAGGUCUGCCUCAUAUUUGCCGGGAAAAUUCUCAAGGAUGACGAAAAACUGAAUCAGCACAACAUCAAAGACGGCUUCACGGUGCACUUGGUGAUCAAGAGUAACAGCCCGGCCUCUCAACCCAACAACCGAGCUGCCUCCACCACCACCAGCAGCAGUGCCACCAACACCACCAACGCCGCCAACGCUGCCAAUGCCGCCAAUGCCGCCAAUGCUACCAACACUGCUGCCCCAAACCCCUUCGCUGGGAUGGCCGGGAUGGGCGGGCUUGGGCUGGGUGGACUAGGAGGCCUCGGAAACUUGGGUGUCGGCAAUCCGAACUUUCAGGAGCUCCAACAACACAUGCAGAGGGAGAUGCUGAACAACCCCGAGAUGAUGCGGCAGAUCAUGGACAAUCCGUUCGUGCAGCAGCUGAUGAACAACCCGGAGUAUAUGCGCGCCAUCAUCACUUCCAACCCCCAGAUGCAGCAGCUUAUGGAGCGUAACCCCGAGAUCUCCCACAUGCUGAAUAACCCGGACAUGCUGCGUCAGACCAUGGAGCUGGCACGCAACCCCGCCAUGCUGCAGGAACUUAUGAGGUCCCAUGACCGGGCUCUGUCCAACCUAGAGUCCAUACCUGGUGGGUACAGUGCCCUGCAGAGGAUGUACCGGGACAUUCAGGAGCCCAUGCUCAAUGCUGCACAGGAACAAUUUGGCUCAAACCCAUUCGCAUCACUCCUAGGGAACAGUGCUAACAUUGACAGUGCACAAGCCGGCCGGGAAAACAGCGAGCCACUCCCCAACCCUUGGGCACCGCGGGGCUCCUCGUCCUCCUCCACCACCACCACCACCACCAGCCCCUCCUCAGGCACCACCCCCACCACCAGCACCACCACCACGGCCUCCAACAGCACCAGCACCACCUCCACCACCACUACCUCCACAUCCUCCUCCUCCACCACAGUGCCGGGAUUGGGGGGACUGGGGGGAUUGGGAGGAUUGGGAGGAUUGGGAGGCAUGGGCAUGGGCAUGGGCGGGGCAGGGCUGUCGGGGAUGCUGCAGAGCCCCGGUAUGCAGUCACUGAUGCAGCAGAUGAUGGAGAACCCGCAGCUCCUCUCGUCCAUGAUCAACGCACCUUACACACGUGCCAUGUUCCAGAACUUGUCAAGCAACCCAGAAUUGGCUCAGCAGAUCAUUGGUUCAAACCCGUUGUUUGCCGGAAACCCAGUCCUGCAGGAACAGAUGAGGACCAUGCUGCCCAGCUUCCUCAACCAGAUGCAGAAUCCAGAGGUGCAGAGCUUCAUGACCAACCCACAGGCCUUGGCAGCCGUGGUACAGAUCCAGAACGCCCUCGACCAGCUCAGACAAACCUCCCCGGGACUCUUCAAUGUGAUGGGCCUCAACCUCCCACCUGGCAUGUCCACCACGGCCUCCACCAGCACCACCGCCAGCACCACCACAUCCUCCCCAUCCUCCUCCUCCACCACGGCCACCUCCAGCAACACCACCUCCACCCCCUCCACCACAGCGCCGGGCCUUAUUCCAGGGCUUGUUCCGGGCACAGACGCCUUCGCCAACCUCAUGUCCACCAUGUCUCAGGCGCUGGGCCAGGGCAUGGGUGGCAUGGGUGGCGGUGGUCUGGGCGGCGGUGGUCUGGGCGGCGGUGGUCUGGGCGGCGGCAGCAACCCCGAGCAGCAAUACGCCUCCCAGCUGGAGCAGCUAUCAGCGAUGGGCUUCAUCAACAGGGAAGCCAACCUCCAAGCCCUCAUAGCCACCUUCGGGGACGUGAACGCGGCGGUGGAGCGGCUCCUCACCCGCCCAGACCCCCAGAGCUAAGGCAACGCCACCCCCGUCAGCUCCUCCUCCUCCUCCUCCUCAUGUUGUCACUGUUCUCCAUUAGUCCCUCGUGUCUGUGUGGGGUGUGUCCAGCGCCAGCUCCUUCUUUUCCUUGCCGUCGUCGUUGCCGUUUCCCUCGAGGGCACGCUGCGCGGCCUCCCGUUGUUCGGUUGGCCCGUUGAGGGUGUGUUUCCAGGCGGCGACGUGAUGUGGUGUUUGUAAUGUUCUUGGUUUGCGUUGGCUCUCCCUCUGAGGGCGGUGCUGGUGGGAGCCUUUUGUUUACGGUUCAUGUAUAAAAAUUGUAUCACUAGAUGGAGCUUUUGUCUGAUUUGAUCUUAAGGAAGGGAGGGAAUGCCACUUAACUUGGUAUGGGUAGAUGAUAAAUGAAUGUGAUUUAUUGUUUAAAGGUGAUAUUCAUUGAGGAAAAUAUUACACUUUGUACAGUUUCUCAUGAAAAAGGAAUACUGUAGUAAGAAUAGCAACUAUUAUAUGAAGUCACUGUUUGCUUCUCCAGUAACCAUAACCAUCAGUGCUAUGUUUAUAAGACUGUUGCGUCAGUGAGAGACAGAGGCAGCAGGCCGCUCCUUCCCUCCUUUAGCCCCUUUAGGGUGGCACGCCCAGCAGUGUGCCCAUUGGCUACACAUUCAGAAUGCUGCCAGGCUCAUCACUAACCUUGUCAUCACUUGUGUUCAGUACAUAUCUUCAUCCUGUUUGGCAAUAUUAUAUUCAUUUUCUCUUU